AUGAGACCAGCACAGUUACUGUUGAAUACAGCUAAAAAAACAUCUGGUGGCUACAAAAUACCCGUCGAAUUAACACCGUUAUUUCUCGCUGUUGGUGUAGCUUUAUGCUCUGGGACAUACUUCACAUAUAAGAAAUUAAGAACUGACGAGACUUUGAGAUUGACAGGUAACCCAGAAUUAUCUAGUUUAGAUGAAGUCCUUGCCAAAGAUAAGGAUUAA